AUGUCAUCAAUCCGAACUCAACGACACAACUCCGACCAUCUCGCAACGAAGCCAUCCUCCCCGGCCGAACCUGGCCUUGAAAAACCGAUGGCUGAGAGUCCCUCUCCAUUGCCGCGGCUACCAGUGGAGGUACUUGGACUCGUCUUUGCCCACACGUCAAAGUCGACGGCUCACGCCGCUCGGCUGGGGAGCAAAAUUCUGUCCGCCGCAGCAACCCCCAGAUCAUUCCAGCAUAUCUUACUCAAGCCACCUUUCUGCGACCGGUUCACGCACAUUGCCAAAGAUACAAACCUUCGGCGACAUGUGAGAGAGGUCACAUGUGAUGCUCGCGCGGUUCUGGAUUACUGCCCUUUCCCUAUGGACUUCCUUGAGGCUUUACCCUACCUCAGAUACUUCUCCGGGCUCAAAGUUCUGAACUUGAAGUUUACCGACUAUGCAGAUGACGGCGACGAGAACGCUGAACCGAAUAACUCCACGAGUUAUCGUUUCUAUGAUAUCUACAGCUUUCGGCGCUUUGUCAUUCUUGUUGCCUUUUACUGCAUACACGGCGGUAGUAAAGAUGAUCAGGAUCUGGUUCAAUUGUCGCAGAGCCUGGGGACGUCUGAAGAAUUUGCCUGGAUGGGAGACUUGAAAACCCCGGACAUGUCUUGGAGCGUAGAGGACAGGCUGAUUGAUGGCGGAUUUCCCAAAAUCCAGCUAGAGGAAUUGGCCAUUUUCAAUCUAGCUGAGGAUAUCAACGAGGGCCAAGAUCAUGGUACGGAAGACCCAUUGCAUCGGAAGCACCUCGCGGAUUGGCCCAUCUUCCAGCAAGUAAUUGCCCUUCCAACGCUCAAAAGUGUAAAGUUGAUGGUAGCACCCGAUGACCCGGACAACUCGUUGUGGGACAACUUGGAGGAUGAGCCGACUGAGUACAAUUAUCAGUGGCAAGAUCUCUAUCUUCGCGAACUCACAUCGUGGUUCAAACCACAGCUCGCCUGUAACCUGACAACCUUGUCUCUUUACUACGACGAUAUCUGGGGCUACCAACCCAAGUUUGACUUCCGCCUCAUCAAUCCCGGCAGCGGACCAAACUCUGGAUUUCCGCACUUGAAGGUCCUAGGUCUGGGAAGAUACUGCUUCAGUCAUGAAUGGCAGCUAGACUGGUUUGCUUCUCUCGGAAGUCAGAGCUUAGCUGGCGGGAUAGAGGAGCUAUACCUCGAUGAAUGCGUGGUGGUAUCGAAAGCAUACUGUACAAUCCCUCAAUGGGAGAUUUGGGAUCUGGACCGAGACCGCAACUACACCAUAGUUACUGUUCAAGACGCCGACGGCAACGACGUUGAAGUCUCGAAUCGUGGGUACUUGCCAGCCACGUGGGACAUUGAUCUUGUCGACGACACUUGGACCGAGUUUUACCACUCCAGCUUGUCCUGGCAUGAGCUGCUCGACCACUGGAGCAGCAACAUGACGGCACUGAAGAGAUUCAAGAUGGGCACGACGGCCUCUCUUGCGUCUUGGUCCGGAAUCAAUCUGGCAACUCAUGUAACGGUCGAUAAAAUCACCGAGGCUGCUAUCGCUCCUUGGAGCAAGAUCAGCAUCAUGAACACGGAUAUCCAUACCAAGUUCGAUGAUGUCGCGUUCCGCAAAGAGGUUGGAAUCAUGGAGUUGACAUUGCCGUUUUACGUCAACUAUUCACCGAAACCGAGCGGGAUGCCCAACUGGGUUGCUCGUCCUUGGUUCUUCAUACCGGCGAGCAGUGAUGAGCCUCUAGUUAUGGAAGAACCCCCGAAGGAGACGAGACGGAAAGAUGCAUUAGCAUUGGACAACCUGAGAAAAGUAGUAGGUGAGAGGGCAAAGGGGGGCGACCGGGUUCGAAUGAGACCAAUGGGGCCUUCGCGCGCGCAAAGCGAUGAAGUUCCGACGGUUGCCGAGCUUGCACCCUAG